CUUUCUUCCCCUCCUUCUCUCACCGUCGAAGUCGCGAUCGCAUAUGGCGUUUCUCGCAUCGCUUCAGACUGCAUUGACUGUUAGAGUCUGAUCUCGUCGUUCCUCCGGGUUUCUCCGAGUAAACAUGUCGGAUCCCGAUUCGCAGCGCGGACACGCUGAACACCGCUCUUUGCGGGACUGGGUCGUCGACCUCUUCCGGGGACCCCUGUCGAACAGUUCCACAGGCUCCCAGACUGAACAACUUCCUGAAACCCUAGAACCGAACGAUAGAACCCGCCUGUUGAAAGUGGAUGAUGAUGGUGGAAGUCCCGCAUAUGGCACAAGAGACGGUACAGCGCCACCGGAGCAGGAAGGGAAUCACCAAUGGGGUAUAUACUCCAUGCCCCAAGUCGACGGACAGUCUGGUAUAUCGGGAGAAAGUAAUCAGCAUGUCCCUGGAAACCCAAGUUUCGUUGAGGGCCCAGAGAACAUCCCUCGACCUGGGUCAGAUAUGGCUUGGCCUGUGAAGAACCAUAAGACUAUGUAUCUAUCAUACUAUAUCCCAUUCUUCAACUGGAUCCAACAAUAUCGUUGGUCUUUUUUUCGGGGAGACUUGAUUGCAGCCAUGACAAUCGCAUCCAUCUACAUCCCCAUGGCGCUAUCCUUGGCUUCCAAUCUCGCUCAUGCCCCGGCAAUCAAUGGUCUUUACUCAUUCGUAUUCCAUCCAUUGAUCUAUGCGAUCCUGGGAAGCAGUCCCCUAUUGGUUGUUGGCCCCGAAGCAGCUGGUUCUUUGUUGACUGGAACGAUUGUUAAGGCUAGUGUUACACAAGGACACUCGCAAGAGGACGAUGAGGCUGCCAGUGCUAUGGUUGUUGGUGUGGCCACUGCCAUGGCAGGGGCCAUGAUACUGGUCGCCGGGCUGACUCGCUUGGGUUUCCUGGAUAACGUGCUGAGUCGGCCCUUUUUGAGAGGCUUCAUUACCGCCAUUGGCUUCGUCAUCUUCGUUGACCAGCUCAUUCCGGAGGUCGGGUUGGCGGACUUGGCUAAGGAAGCCGGCGUCAGCCACGGAAGUACAGUGCAAAAGCUGGUCUUCCUCGUCGAGAAUGUCAAAAGCUGUCAUGGGCUCACAGCUGCAGUGUCUUUCGGCAGCUUUGCCAUUAUAAUGCUCUUUCGAACGAUCAAAAAAGCACUGGAACCACGAUACCCCCAAGUCGUCUACUUUCCCGACCGUAUCCUUGUUGUCAUUUUAUCGGCCGUUUUGACCUGGCGCCUUGGCUGGUAUAAGAAGGGGCUCGAAGUCCUCGGCCCGACGCAAAAUACUGCUAGUGGGCUUUUCGCAUUCAGGUGGCCGUUCCAACUCAAACACUUGAAGCAUGUACGCACUGCAAUGAGUACCUCCUUCGUAAUCGCCAUCCUUGGCUUUUUCGAGUCCUCCGUUGCUGCCAAAGGGCUCGGUGAGAGACGAGAUGGCGUCCAGGGCAUGUCCGUCAGUGCGAAUCGGGAGAUGGUGGCGCUGGGCGUUGCUAAUGUGGUCGGGGGCUGUUUCAUGGCCCUUCCCGCAUUUGGCGGGUAUGGUAGGAGUAAAGUCAACGCGUCCACGGGCGCCCGUUCUCCUAUGAGCAGUAUCUUCCUCAGUAUCAUCACCUUCAUCUGCAUUAUGGUGCUGUUGCCAUACUUGUAUUAUCUUCCGAAAGCUGUACUGUGCUCUACAAUCUCGGUUGUUGCAUACAGUCUUAUAGAGGAAUGUCCUCAUGAUGUUGCGUUUUUUAUUCGCUUGCGUGGCUGGACAGAACUCGCAUUGAUGCUUCUCAUUUUCGUCUCCACAAUCUUCUACUCGCUGGAGCUGGGUAUCGCGCUCGGCAUUGGUCUCUCUAUCCUAAUGCUUAUCCGCCACUGCACCCAGCCUCGCAUACAGAUUCUCGGAAAAGUAGCUGGUACAUCCAACCAGUUCGACAAUGCCGAAUUGCACUCAGAAAAUGUGGAGCUCAUCGAGGGCGCCCUUGUUGUUAAGAUUCCAGAGCCGCUCACUUUUGCCAAUACUGGUGACCUCAAGAAUCGUCUGCGCCGUCUUGAGUUUUAUGGCACGAAUCGCGCACAUCCUUCCCUUCCACGUUUGCGACCCCCGGAGCACAAUAAGAACGUUAUUUUCGACGUUCACGGCGUCACGAGCAUCGAUGGUUCCGGCACACAGGUCCUCUCUGAGAUUGUGAAUGGUUACAUCGAUCUCGGUGUAAGCGUCUUCUUCUGCCGUCUUCCCAAUCGCGAUGUGUUUCGCAUGUUUGAAAGAAGUGGCAUAGUUGACCGGUGCGGAGGCAUGUCGCAUUUCGUCACCGGUGUCGAUGAAGCUCUCAGGCUCGCUGAAUCAGAGGCCCGUACAGAGCCUUGAAGAUCCUCUCGAAAGAAACCAGGAGCUCCAGUUGCAUAGCUGGGUUACUCGUCACGACCAGGCCUUGUAAAUGAUUCACGACAUUGCACGAUAUAAGACAGACGUAUAGAAUGUAUAGUCCCAGCCU